UCUUUCUUUCUCUCCCUCUCCUUCUUUCUUUCUUUCUCUCUUUCUUACUUUCUUUCUUUUUCAGUGGAGUCUAGAGUCCUCUACAUGGAUCCUGGCUGGAUGUAGCGUCUGUGAAGUGGCCCACCUUCAUCCUCAUGUCGGCCCAGGGUUGGCUGGUUUUCGUAUUUCCUACUUCACCUGAAGGCAGCGGGAGGUGGAGAGAGGGAGGAGGGUGAGGAGGAGGAGGGAGGAAGGAGGGGGAGAUAGCAGCAGCAGCAGCAGCGGAGCAGCUAACGUCAGAACACUGAGCCUGUUUACCAGCAGCUCUCCUCGGUCUCAGGCCCCUACCCCAGCCUAGUCCUCCACACCUGACCCCGUCUGGACCUCGGUAUGUGACUGCACCGACGUUCCUUCUCGGUGAGGCUCCAGGAACAGAGGAAUGCGUGUCGGUGGUUAGCGUGCAGACAAAAGGGCAUCUCUGUUUGUCACCGACCGUAAUCUCCGGAUGAGAGUUCCCGGGUUAACGUUGGUGAACCAGCACAGAAAAACCUUGAACCGACCCACCAGUCCCGGUCACCGUUAAAUCUGAGGGAGAGCCACCGACCGAGGGGACAGCAUGAAGUUCACGGAGCAUCUGUCCGCUCACAUCACCCCGGAGUGGAGAAAGCAGUACAUCCAGUAUGAGGCUUUCAAAGAGAUGCUGUACGCUGCUCAGGACCAGGCGCCAUCUAUUGAAGUCACAGAUGAAGAUACGGUCAAGAGGUACUACGCCAAGUUUGAGGAGAAAUUCUUCCAGACGUGUGAGAAAGAACUUGCCAAGAUCAACACCUUCUACUCAGAAAAGCUCGCUGAGGCUCAGCGGCGAUUCGCCACACUGCAGAACGAGCUACAGUCAUCACUGGAUGCCCAAAGGGAGACCUGGGCUAAUGGGCGGGGCCUUCGGAGGAGGAAGACGGUGUUUGCUCUGUCCCAGCAGGAGCGAUGCAAGCACAGGAACAUAAAGGACCUCCAGCUGGCCUUCUCUGAGUUCUACCUCAGCCUCAUACUGCUGCAGAACUAUCAGAAUCUGAACUUCACAGGCUUCAGGAAGAUCUUGAAGAAACAUGAUAAGAUUUUGGAGACAUCGAGGGGGGCUGACUGGAGGGUUGCUCAUGUCGAAGUGGCCCCGUUUUACACGUGCAAGAAAAUCACACAGCUGAUCUCUGAGACGGAGGCUUUGGUCACAACAGAGCUGGAAGGAGGUGACCGGCAGAGGGCCAUGAAGAGACUGAGGGUACCCCCCCUCGGAGCUGCACAGCCUGCUCCUGCCUGGACCACCUUUAGAGUCGGGCUUUACUGUGGAGUGUUUCUCGUCCUUAUAGUUACCGUGGUGAUUACAGGAGCCGUGGUGAUUCGAAGUGACGAUGUGUGGCCAAUGGUCCGGAUCUACAGAGGGGGCUUCCUUUUGAUAGAGUUUCUCUUCCUUUUAGGGAUAAACACGUAUGGUUGGAGACAGGCCGGAGUGAACCAUGUUCUCAUCUUUGAGCUCAACCCCAGAAACAACCUGUCACACCAACAUCUGUUUGAGAUUGCAGGUCUGCUGGGGGUGCUUUGGUGCGUCAGCCUGCUGUCCUGUCUGUUCAGCGAUAACAUCCUGGUACCCAUGCAGGCCAACCCUCUGGCUCUCUACGGCUUCUUUUUCCUCUUCUUCAUCAACCCGUUCAAGACCUGCUACUACAAGUCACGCUUCUGGCUGCUCAAACUCUUGUUCCGCGUGGUGACGGCUCCGUUUCACCGAGUUGGCUUUGCAGACUUCUGGCUGGCUGACCAGCUGAACUCUCUGGUGGUGGUUCUGAUGGAUCUUGAGUACAUGAUCUGUUUCUACAGCUUUGAACUGGACUGGAAAAAACAUGAUGGACUCAUCAGCAGUUCAGUCUCUGAAGGUAGAGACGUCUGUAAUUCCUACUCCUACGGCGUUCGCGCCGUGAUCCAGUGUCUUCCUGCUUGGUUUCGGUUCGUCCAGUGUCUGCGCCGUUACCGUGACACCAAACGGGCCUUCCCUCACCUGGUGAAUGCUGGGAAAUACUCCACCUCUUUCUUUGUUGUCACCUUCGCUGCCCUGUACAGCACACACAAAGCUGAGAAACAUGCCGACACCCAGAUCUUCUUCUACCUGUACAUCAGCUGUUUGGUGAUCAGCUCAUGUUACACUCUGAUUUGGGAUUUAAAGAUGGACUGGGGCCUUUUUGACCGUAACGCAGGAGAGAACACCUUUCUGAGAGAGGAGAUAGUGUACCCACAUAAGGCCUACUACUACAGUGCCAUAGUGGAGGAUGUGCUGCUACGUUUCUCAUGGACUCUAACCAUCACCCUCAGCACACUCUCUGGUCUGCAUGGCAUCUCUGACAUACUGGCGACUAUCCUGGCCCCUCUGGAGGUGUUUCGACGUUUCGUGUGGAACUUCUUUCGUCUGGAGAACGAACACCUGAAUAACUGUGGAGAGUUCAGGGCGGUCAGAGACAUCAGCGUGGCUCCGCUGAACGCUGACGACCAGACGCUGCUGGAGCAGAUGAUGGACCAGGAGGACGGAGUCAGGAACCGACAGGGCAAGAAGAGCUGGAAGAGGAGCUACAGUAUGAGCCUACGCAGGCCGCGGCUGGCCUCACAGUCCAAGACCCGUGACACCAAGGUGUUGAUAGAGGACACCGACGACGACUCCUGACAUCAGGCCACGCCCCUCGCCUGGGUCCAGAAUUUAUUCAAAGGAGGAAACUCGACCUCCUAACUGAGAAAUUACCCGGCGAGAUGGGCGUUGAACUCUAAAACAACCAUGAGUUUGAAAGUGUCAUGCCUAUGUAGUCACUCCUCCAGUGCGUGAGCCCCUGUUGGGUUCAGGACUCUUCUAAAGGAGGAGUGUCAGUCUUUUGAACAAAUCACACAGCAACAUGGCCGCCAAACUACUCCUACCUUCAGUAUAUUUAUGGCUGGGCUUGCUUGAACUCUUUGUUGCACAAGCUAUGGGUGCAGAACUUCUUACUCUGUCAUUAGUGGGCAGACUUGGACUAUGCCCACUCCUCAGACAUGACCAUGGCGCUCCUCAAAGCCUCUGCCUUGCAUGGAUCCCAGCUACAAUGCAACGCAUGCAGAUCAGUCUGACAGGAAGUGUCGCUGCUCCCUCUCUGUGCCCCACAUCUCCAGCACAGGGAGUGACCAACAAGUUUAGACUACUGACACUGAGGACCAAACCCCCCUCCCUCCCGCAGCUCUAAAUCUCCAAGCUACCAGGUAGCAUUUGGCAAACACACUGAACAGUUUCCCUAGUUUUCCUGUGAUUUGGCUCUCAGAGUGAACCUAAAGCCCCGAUUCCUCCAAUUCUAAACAAAAAGUGUCAUCCUCAUGGUUUUGGUGGCUUAAUAAGCCCUGUGACUGCCCCUCUGACCGCUGGCGGCUACACCAGCUGAGAGACGAUGCUGCAGACACACGGUAGCACCAACAGUCGCUGGCCUGACUUUUGCUCUUAAGCUUGCCCCUUCAAAUCAUCACAAAGCUGCCUACCUGCACCUCACGCUUUAGAAACACAAGCAGAAACACGCACUUUGUAGGAAGAUCAGGUGGGACAGAAAUGCCUAACGUGUGCUCAGAUGUACACGAACAGUGAUUCCGAGGUUUGGUUUAUGGACUUGUAACAUGUGACCUUUAACCUUUGGGACCCUGGAAGGAAAACACAAUCUUGAGUUCAUAUACUAGCCAUCAUUUGUAAUAGGGUUUGUAAAUAGAAGACGGACCAAAGUAGGAGGAGGAGAUAGACUAUUCCAAAAGUAUGGGACGCUCCAUGAGAAGAACGGAAGCUCGUACAGAACAGCAGCUGGAAUGACUGUUCAGCCUCGGAGCUGAGAGGGUUUUAACAGAAGGAUUUUUUUACUUUGUUCCAGAACUAGAUGGAGAUCAUCUAGCUCAUCCUGCGCUAACUCCUAGUCACUCCAUGUGGUAAAGAUAGCCUCCAUCUUGACAUGGGUUUGCUGAAUGUAUGCCAGUUUAUUUAUGUCUGUCUGUGUGGAAGAGUACGGCCUAAUCAGCACCUUCAACCAUCAGAGGAUCAACCUGAACACUUUCAUGUGUCCCAAGAAAAUCUGACUUUGCUCCUUGACAACUUGAUUAAAACAC